CCGGGCCGUGGCGCAGCGCAGCGCAGCGGCCGGGCGCGCUCCGCUGCCGCCCCGCGCAGGCAGCCAAGGGGUUAAGGCCGCUGGGAGGCGCCGCGUGGCAGGAGGAAUUUUCAGCCGCGGCUCCGCGCGCAGAGCAGACGCGCGCCGGCCGCAGCCCGGCUCUCCGGGGGCGCAGCGCGCUGGGGGCGGCGGAGCCGAGCCCGGGAGGGGCCCCCUGGAGACCGGCCGCUGCCUGCUCCGCCCGGGAGGCCCCGCCGGGCCGGGAAGGACCCGGCUGCCCCGCGCGGGUCUCAGCUUGCAGCCGGGCGGGGGCGGCGGCGGGAGGCUGCUGCUCCCCCGGGAGCGCCCGGAGCGAUGGGCUCCUAGCCGGAGAGUAGCUGCUGCGCGCACGUCUGAGGAGCCCCGGCUGGGGGGGUUGUUCCCAGCGCCCCUCGCCGUGGAUUUGGGGACGGUCGCGGGCUGGGGCAGCCCCCGUCGGACGCUGCGGGGCCCGGGCCCCAGGGGUGGUUCUCCGAGUGCGGCGAGCGGGGUCCGGGGCCCCCGAUGGCCCCUGCGUGGGAGCUGAGCGCCUGGGCUGCUGCCUGCGGAGGUGCUUGACCCGCCCGCCCCCCGGGAAGAUGUACGAGAGUGUGGACGUAGCCGGGCUAAACCCCAGCCCCAACCCCUUCCUCAUGAUGGAUUUUUACAGCCAGACCCGGGCCUGCUUGCUCCAGGACAAAGGGAUCGGCCCCCCCACCCCGUACGGCCCCCCGCUCCGGAGCCAGCCCUGGAGCAGCUCCAGCCACUCCAUUGAGACGCAGAGCACCAGCUCCGAGGAGAUCGUCCCCAGCCCCCCGUCUCCGCCCCCGCUGCCCCGCAUCUACAAGCCCUGCUUCGUGUGCCAGGACAAAUCCUCCGGCUACCACUAUGGGGUGAGCGCCUGCGAGGGCUGCAAGGUGAGUGGGGGCAGGGCUGGGGGGCCGAGGGGGGUGACCCCCGGGCUGGUUCAGACAAGGGGACGAGGCGUUCUGGGUUCCAGUUGCGCCCUCACUCCUGCCCUGGGUCACUUCACCUCAGAGCAGCUGCUAACGGCCCCCACGUGCUCGCUCCUCUGCGCGUCGGGAACCCCACGCGCUCGAACAUGGCCCUCAAAGUCUCCGUUAAAGCAGGGCCCCUGUUCCUAGCCCAGCCCCCAGGGGGCGCUGGGCGCCUGCCCGGACCUGCACCGGCUUGGCAUGCCAAACGCUCCCAUCCUGCUCUGUAUUUACCCAGCCUGGGGUGCAGAGCCGCAGCACCCCCUGCUGGAUGGCCGGGGCACCAGCCUCCAGCCCUGAGGCUGCAGGGCAGCGUAAACCAUUCCUUGAAUGAGGAGGGAAACUGAGGCACAGGGCGACGUGAAGUCCCAUCCCAAGUGUGUCUGCACUAGGAAUAGAACCCCGGAGUCCUGGCUCCCCGUUCCUUGUAUUAACCACUAGACACCUCCCCCUUUACA